UCUUGGCUGGCUGCAACUUUCCCGUCAUGGGUUCAAGAGAUUCUCCUGCCUCAGCCUCCCGAGCAGCUGGAAUUACAGGUGCCACGCCCAGCUAAUUUUUGUAUUUUUAGUAGAGAUGGGGUUUCACCAUGUUGUCCAGCCUGGUCUCAAACUCCUGAUCUCAGGUGAUCCACCCGCCUCAGCCUCCCAAAGUGCUGGGAUUACAGGCGUGGGCCAUCACACCCAGCCACUCACUGCCCAGCUUUUAAAAUAAGUGUCUACAUAGUUGAAUCCCUUUUGUGUGUCAUUUGGCAAUAACCUUGUCUCCCUCCCCUCAGAGGGAAGCUUUAUUAAUUUUUUUGUUUGUUUUGAUACAGAGUCUCACUCUGUCACCCAGGCUGAAGUGGCACAAUCUCAGCUCACUGCAACCUCUGCCUCCUGGGUUCAAGCGAUUCUCCUUCCUCAACUUCCUGAGUAGCUGGGAUUACAGGCGUGUUUGCAUCACGACACCUGGCUAAUUUUUUGUAUUUUUAGUAAAGAUAGGGUUUUGCUAUGUUGGCCAGGUCUCGAACUCCUGACCUCAAGUGAUCUGUCUGCCUCGGCUUCUGAAAUUGGUGCACUCCAGCCUGGAUGACAGAACCAGAUACUAUCUCAAAAAGGAAAGAAAGCCGGGACCGGGCGCGGUGGCUCAAGCCUGUAAUCCCAGCACUUUGGGAGGCCGAGGCGGGCGGAUCACGAGGUCAGGAGAUCGAGACCACGGUGAAACCCCGUCUCUACUAAAAAUACAAAAAAAUUAGCUGGGCACGGUGGCGGGCGCCUGUAGUCCCAGCAACUCAGGAGGCUGAGGCAGGAGAAUGGCGUGAACCCGGGAGGCGGAGCUUGCAGUGAGCCGAGAUUGCGCCACUGCACUCCAGCCUGGGCAACAGAGUGAGACUCAGUCUCAAAAAAAAAAAAAAAGAAAGAAAGAAAGAAAGGCGGGCAUGGUGGCUCACGCCUGUGAUCCUAGCACUUUGGGAGGCUGAGGUGGGCAGAUUGCCUGAGCUCAGGAGUUUGAGACCAGCCUGGGCAACACGGUGAAAUCCCAUCUCUACUAAAAUACAAAAAAUUAGCUGGCAUGGUGGUACACUCCUGUAGUCCCAGCUACUCGGGAGGCUGAGGCAGGAGAAUCGCUUGAACCCGGGAGGCAGAGGUUGCAGUGAGCCAAGAUCACGCCACUGCACUCCAGCCUGGGUGACAGAGUGAGACUCCAUCUCAAAAAGGAAAAAAAAAGCCUCUUGCUCUAGCCAGUUUUCUCCUUUUUUGGUUUCUUAGCAUCUGUCAUCCUGGAAUCCCAUCUUCAAUUGGAGAUGAAGGGUCAGCUAAUUUGAAUUCCCACCCAAAAGUGGUGUUUUGUGCUUAGUCCAGGCUCAGCUCCUUGGUGCCCAUCUGUGCUCAGUGCUGCCUCACCAUCUCGGUGCUUCCUGGGUAGUGCUCAGUGUGGUGGGGAACUGCUCUGGCUCUGGAGUCCGAGUCAGCUCCAGGGCCUAGUGCUGCCCCUUCCAGCUGUGUGGCCUCACUUGCCUUCACUUCUCCCAGCCUUGGUCUCCUCCUCUGUAAGAUGGGGUGGUGAUAGUGCAUGGCUCUUAGAGUAGGGGGCUUUGUGAGUUCACACACAUAGGAUGGCAGAAGAGUUGGGCAGUGGUUUCAGUGCCCCAGGGGAGGCCUGGAGGGCAGUGAGAACAGCCUCAGGUUCUGCAUCCGUGGCCAAGCCUUUUGUCCCAUGUUCUUUGCCUCUUGUUGCCAGAGAAACCAUAAUACUAUCUUUUAUCAGUUCCUGGGUCCCCAGGAAACUUUGGGAACCAGAGAGCCCUUUUCUCUGGGCUUAUGAAGGGGAUCUGUGGGUCUGAGAGGGAAAGAGGGUGAACAAGAUGUCCCUCCCUCAAGGGAUACUUUGUUCAGGUGCCAAGGAAAAACAGGGACAGUCACAAAGACAUACCCCAGUGAGAAAAUGGGCCAGGGUGGGAGCAGGAAGUUCAGGCAAGAGGAAACCCAAAUGGCUCAUAUGAGAGGAUGCUAAUCCUCACUGGUAAUUAGAGAAGUGCAAAUGAAACCAGCAGGAGUGCUGUUGGCAGAUACUGGCAACAGAGGCAGAGGUUGGCUGCUGCCUGGUGCUGGUGAGUGCAGGGAAGUGAGUCCGCCCACGUCCUGCUUGUAGCCCGGUGAAUUGGUGCAGGCAUUUUGCAGGGCAUUUCAGCCACAAAUCUCAGACCUUCCGACCUGGCCAUUCCUCUUCUUGGUAUCAUCCCUAGAGAGGCACUUUGUAUAUGCCCAGCAACAUCUAUUGCUGCAGUGUUUGUAGUUGCAAAACAUGGGAACAGCCUCAUUGUCCAGAGGUUGUGGGGAGAGGUUAAAAAUGGCAAUGGCAUAUUAGAGACACGGAGAGGUUCCAAAUGCCAUGGCAUAUUAGAGACAGAAAGCAGAUCAGUGGUUGCUAGGGGCAGGAAUGGGAGGGAAUGGGAAUGACUGCUUAAUGGUACAGGGUUCCUUUUUUGGGUGAUGAAAAUGUUGUGGAGCUAGAUAAUGGUGAUGGUUGUACAGUAUUCUGAAUGUACUAAAUGCCUCUGAAUUUUACGCUUAAAAAUGGUUAGCCAGGUGUGGUGGCACACACCUGUGGUCCCAGCUACUGAGGAGGCUGAGGUGGGAGGAUCACUUGAGUCCAGGAUUUCAAGGUUGCAGUGAGCUAUGAUCCAUGAUCACAACAUGCACUCCAGCUUGGGUGACAGAGCUACACUGUGUCUCUAAAAGAAAUAAAAAGGUUAACCCUUCCUUCCUUCCUUCCUUCCUUCCUUCCUUCCUUCCUUCCUUUCUUUCUUUCUUUCUUUCUGUUUUUUUAUUUUUUUUUGUUGUUGUUGUUUUUGUUUUUUUUUUUCUUUUUUCUUUUUUCUUUCUCUUUCUUUCUUUCUUUCUUUCUUCUUUCUUUCCUUUCUUUCCUUCCUGUCUUUCUUUUCUUUUCUUUUUCUUUUCUUUUCUUUUCUUUUCUUUUCUUUUCUUUUCUUUUCUUUUCUUUUCUUUUCUUUUCUUUCUUUCUUUCUUUCUUUCUUUCUUUCUUUCUUUCUUUCUCCUUCCUUCCUUCCUUCCUUCCUUCCUUCCUUCCUUCCUUCCUUCCUUCCUUCCUUCCUCUUUCUUUCUCUUUCCUUUCUUUCCUUUCGUUCUUUCUUUCUUUCCCUCUGUUGCCCGGGCUGGAGUAUACUCGGCACACUGCAGACUCUCUGCCUCCGGCUCCCGUGAUUCUCCUGCCUCGGCCUGCGGGCUGCCUGGGAUUGCGGGCGCGCGCCACCACCCCUGCCUGCUUUUCGUCCUUUGGCUGGAGGCGCGGUUUCGCCAUGUUGGCCAGGCUGAUCUCCAGCUCCUGACCUCGAGUGGUCUGCCCGCCUCGGCCUCCCGAGGUGCUGGGACUGCAGACGGAGUCUCGCUCACUCGGUGCUCGGUGUUGCCUGGGCUGGAGUGCGGUGCCGUGGUCUUGGCUCGCUGCAGCCUCCGCCUCCCAGCCGCCUGCCUUGGCCUCCCAGGGUGCUGGGAUUGCAGCCUCUGCCCGGCCGCCGCCCCGUCUGGGAGGUGCGGAGCGUCUCUGCCUGGCCGCCCAUUGUCUGGGAUGUGAGGAGCGCCUCUGCCCGGCCGCCCCGUCUAGGAGGUGAGGAGCGCCUCUGCCCGGCCGCCCAUCGUCUGGGAUGUGAGGAGCGCCUCUGCCCAGCCGCCCAUCGUCUGGGAUGUGAGGAGCGCCUCUUCCCGGCCGCCCCGUGUGGGAAGUGAGGAGCACCUCUGCCCGGCCGCCCCGUCUGGGAAGAAGUGAGGAGCCUGUCUGCCUGGCUGCCCCGUCUGGGAAGUGAGGAACACCUCUGCCCGGCUGCCCUGUCUGGGAAGUGAGGAGCGCCUCUGCCCGCCGCCCAUCAUCUGGGAAGAAGUGAGGAGCGCCUCUGCCCGGCCGCCCCGUCUGGGAAGUGAGGAGCGCCUCUGCCCGGCCGCCCAUGGUCUGGGAAGUGAGGAGCGCCUCUGCCCGGCCGCUCCAUCUGGGAAGUGAGGAGCACCUCUGCCCGGCCGCCCCGUCUGGGAAGAAGUGAGGAGCAUCUCUGCCCGGCCGCCCUGUCUGGGAAGUGAGGAGCGUCUCUGCCCGGUCACCCCGUCUGGGAUGUGGGGAAUGCCUCUGCCCGACUGCCCCAUCUGGGAGGUCUACCACGGAGGCCAGACGCAAUGUGGGGGCUGGACGUGGUGGCUCACGCCUGUGGUCCCAGCACUCUGGGAGGCUGAGGCAGGUUGAUCACUUGAGGCUAGGAGUUAGACACCAGCCUGGCCAACAUGGCGAAACAUAUGAAAAAUACAACAGACAAACCAACCAACCAACCCAGCGACAACAAAACAGGUCUACCCUGGAGUCAUACUCUAAUUUUUUCUAUUUUCCUCCCUUUCUGAUCCUUUAUCCCACUUGCUUUUUCUUCCUCUUCCUUCUGCUUCUUCUUUGUCAAAUAGAGGAUUGAGUUAUUAUCAUUGAUCCAUACAAAGUCCCUCUCUCAUUUAUUUUCUUUAAUUCCCACCCCCCAUUUCUAUUCCCCGUCUUCCCAUGUGCAACCUUCCUAAUAUGUUUUAUAUGCAUCUUUUUGUUUGUAUGUAUUUUUAGAAAAUGUUUAUUGUUUUGUGUGCAAAAAAAUUAAUAAAAAAAGACAAAAAAAGAAAUAAAAAGGUUAAAAUGACAAGUUUUAUGUUACAUAUACUUUACCACAAUUUUUAAAAGUUAAUA